AUGUUCUCCUUCUCUUCCGACGGCCCCGGUACUCCUACGAAAUUGUAUAGAGAAAAACUGCAACGCUUUUACAUCCCGCGCACAACUGGCCUUUUGGAGACCGUACUGUCCUCGACUCAUGCGGUGGACGAGGAGAACGGCCCAUCCUCCUCAACCUUGCUUUCCGAUUACGACAAAGCACUAGAGGUCUCGAGCAUAGUCGUCUCUGAGGUUCACAACGCACCCGAUGACUUGGGGGGGGAGCUGCGUCGCGCUCGUCACCUGGCCGCACGCUACAGCAUCGAGAACGCCCGACUGCGCGAUCAGCUCAAGGCGCAUGUCCUCCAGGCGUCGAUUCUGACGGAGCGUCUGCAGGCCGAUCACGCGGCACGUCGAACGCGCGUUGCGGACUCCCCUGGAGGUGUAGUCAACAGCGCGGCGUCGGCCAAUCCGGACCCCCAACUAGGCCUGUUGGGUGCAUCCCCCGGGAGAGAAAUAGAGGAUGCCCCCCCCUCCCACCGUGCGGAACUAGAGGCGAAGGAUCUGCGAAUACGAGAGUUGGAGUGGCGGAUGUGCGAGCUGGAGGGCAGAGUCCAGGCCUAUGAGGCGGCCUUCCAGCGGGGCUCCAAGGGGGAAGUCGCUUCGCCCCGCUCGGCCUCCUCCCCAACGACGCACGAACUCAUCUGUCAGUGCUUGAGUGGGAUGGAAUACCUCGUGAAGGUGUGCAAUGCGGUGGAGCAUUGCCGGAACACCCCGCACGGCGGGGGGGAGGAGGGGGGGUGCCCACGCCCGCGGCGGCAGUGCGUCCUGCGCUGCCUGCGAGCCGCGAUGCGGGGGAAUACCGAGCCUGCAGGGGAGGUCCUGGCGCGUGGUCACCAGAUCAACGACCACACGUUGAUGUUAUCGCUCCGGGAGGAGAUCGAGUACUGCGAGACGGCGCUGGUGCAAACCACGGCGCGGUUCUUCGCCGAGUACAGUCAGCCCUACCCAUCCCCGAACGAUACGGCGAGGCAUCCGGAGGACGAGUUGGGAUCCGCGUCAUGGGUUGAAAAGGCCGACGAGCACGUCUCAGUUUCAGACAUGGAUGAUUGCGCGGUUCAAUGA